GUGAACUGGGGUUGCUGUACAACUUCCACCAGUACCUGAUUCCAGUCCGAUUUCUCAAGUUUGAACAACCAUACAGCACUCAUUCUACUCUAUGGCUCCUACAGCUUCUCAGGCGACUCCAAUCAAUGUUAAACUACUACUCAUAGGCAACUCCUCUGUGGGCAAGAGCAGUCUUCUUUUACGAUUUUCGGAUGAACAAUGGUUACCUGAGGAUGAAAGUAGUGCCACAAUUGGUGUAGACUUUAGAGUGCAUAAGAUGGAUGUGAAGGGGAAGAAAGUCAAACUUAGCAUCUGGGAUACUGCUGGACAAGAGCGAUUUCGAACUAUCACAUCGUCAUACUACCGAGGCGCGCAAGGCAUUAUAUUAGUUUACGACGUAUCAUCUCGAGAGUCGUUCGAUGCUCUGCCUCGUUGGUAUAGUGAGCUCGGGACGUACGUUUCGGAGUCUGUGGUGAAGAUCCUUGUUGGAAACAAAGUCGACAAGGAGUUUUCUCGUCAAGUACCGGCAGCUGAAGGUUCGACAUUCGCUGCAAGGAUGAACUCGCUCUUUAUCGAAGCUUCCGCUAAGACGGAUGUCAACGUUAAGGAAACCUUUCAGGGAGUUGUAGAGAGAAUUCUAGAUACCCCCGAGCUGUGGGAGGGCGGAACGUCCAAGGGCCAGAGAACUGAUGGUGGAAGAGGAGGUGUUCCCGGCGGCGUCCAGAUAGUUGGAACGCCAGAGUCCGACCCUCAGUCAAGCUGCUCAUGUUGAUUCAUACGAUACCCUCGCUGUUAUGCACUGUCAUGAUCAAGACGUGUUUGGAUAUCUGUUAUACAUACCUAUAUGUAAGUUCCAGUAUAAUACCCUUGAUAUACAAAUAUAAUACACGGACCUUGAAACCAUUUACUUUCUUCAUUACAGACUCAUUCCCCUCCUUGCGUCAAAUCCAGGUUCUUUUCUCUUUUGAAAUCCGCCUUACCACUCCCAAUGCAUCCUAGAUACGUUCGAUGCGAAUCAGCACACUUCUUUUGCGAUACUGACCAACUCGAGGUUAUCCUGGGUUAUCUGAAACCUCGUUCCGGAUCCAAAGGUUUAGAACCGCACAUGUCAAUAUCAAGAUCCACA